AUGAAGCUCUCUCGUCUCGCUUUUCUGGCGCAAGCUUUCAGUGCGGCUACUGUCUACUCCCAGAGCCUUACCAGAGUAAUCCCCAACUGGCUAAUUUCUACUGGAAUUCCGACUGGAAUUAUUCCAUCCUUUGUGACAAGAACGCAAGACUCAUCCGCUAGUCCAUCCGUGACCGCUUGCCCUGGCAACGCGCCCAACAAGAGAGCUGUCUGGUGCAACUAUAGCAUUGAUACUGACUACGAAAAUGUCGUUCCUGAUACUGGCAAGACCCUCGAGUACUGGUUCGACAUUGACGAAGUCACCAUUUCACCCGACGGCUUUGCACGCCCAGUGAUGGCCGUGAACGGGACCAUCCCCGGGCCAACCCUUUAUGCAAACUGGGGUGACUAUGUCGUUAUUCAUGUUACCAGUCAUCUUGAACGGGCCCGUAAUGGAUCUAGUAUUCAUUGGCACGGCAUGAGACAAAAUUACACAAACCAAAAUGACGGUGUUGUUUCUGUCACUCAAUGCCCCCUUGCCCCUGGCCAGACCAUGACAUAUAGAUGGCGAGCUGUUCAAUAUGGCUCUUCCUGGUACCAUUCUCACAUCGGCUUGCAAGCUUGGGAAGGUGUGUUUGGCGGUAUUGUUAUCAACGGACCAGCAACUGCAAAUUACGAUAUCGACAAGGGCUCUCUGUUUUUAAAUGACUGGACGCAUGCAACAGUCGAUGAAUUAUAUGAGUUUCAACACCAAAAUGGGCCAAUUACUCUAGACAAUGGCCUGCUCAACGGGACAAAUGUUCUCGGAACGGGAGCAAAUUCAACCAAAGGAUCGCGCUUCACCAUGAAAAUGAACCAGGGUACCUCAUACAGGCUUCGACUUGUCAAUGCAGCUAUCGACACCCAUUGGAGCUUCAUGAUUGACAAUCACUCUUUAACUGUUAUUGCAAUGGAUCUUGUGCCAAUCAAGCCCUUCACCACUGACAUACUGAGAAUUGGAAUGGGCCAGCGAUAUGAUAUCAUUGUUGAGGCAAACCAAGCCUCCAUAGCCGAAAACUUUUGGAUUCGAGCAAUACCGGGUGCGUCCUGUGCGUUGAAUUACGAGGCAACCAAUAUUGAAGGCAUACUGUACUAUGGAAGUGCUCCUCAAACACCCAACACAGUCGGGUACACUUUGACAUCCUCCGACACGGAUUGUCUGGAUAUGUCAAUGACGGAUCUAGUUCCGUACCUCGCAAAGGAUGUGGCGGCACCAGUCUGGAACAAACCCGAAAACGUGUCAUUAAACCACCUUACAGGACCUUUUUUCUGGGAAAUGAACAGUACUUCGAUGAAGAUUAGUUGGGAGAACCCAACUUUGGGACAAAUCUACAACAACAAGAUGAACUUUACGGCUUCAAGUGGAGUCAUUGAGCUACCCUUCGAGGAUGAAUGGGUGUACCUCAUGAUCAAGACAACACUUCCAGUAACACACCCAAUCCAUUUGCACGGGCACGACUUCUCUAUCUUGGCACAGGGAACUGGCUCUUACAAUGGAUCAGUCAUGACAAAUAAUCCCCCUCGUCGAGAUACAGCCAUGCUCCCUGCGAUGGGGUAUCUCCUUCUCGGCUGGCAGACUAAUAAUCCUGGUGCAUGGUUGAUGCAUUGUCAUAUAGGGUGGCAUAUUGAAGAAGGAUUUGCGUUGCAGUUCAUUGAACGCUAUGAUGAUAUCAAAUCGUUAAUUGAUUACAAUGAGCUGCAAAGUGUUUGUGAACCAUGGGAUGCAUAUGAUACAAGUGCGAACAUCACGCAAAUUGAUUCGGGUGUAUAG